CCGGAUGCUGCAGCUGUUUUCCGGCCCCUGCUCGGUAAAAUGGCAGAGGUCGGUCAAAGGCUGGGGAAUGGAGUUUACCGGCUGUCUGCUCUCAAAACCAGCCAGAAUCGAGCCGUGUGCCCCGGAGCAAGUCCCGGGUGUCUUAUAACAAACCAUGCCUUCGUUUCCGGUCGGGUUACAGAGAAAUCAGUCCAGUGUGGACGUGUAGUUCAGUCAGCUUCAGAAAGCACAGAAACACUUCUCAGGUCAGAGAAAGUUUCCACAGUGAAGGAAAGCGGGAGUCAGGUUUUGGAGAGUGCGGCUGUCUCCGGUUUCACCGAAUUUUUAGAAAGCACGGGGAGCCUGCGAGCUCAUAAAGCUGCUCUUUUCCUCCAGAAGAAGCUGCUGCUUUGCAGGAUGAGACUGUGGACGACAGCAGCUGUCUCCAUCCACCCUGACGCCUUCAGGUCCCCCCAACAGCACCGAGCUCUCUGCACGCUUACCUUCAUCUUGGCAGAUCCUGGAUCAGACAGGCUGGGAAGUGGACACGGACUGAGAUGUCUGAAUCUGCUCCAUGACGCCCUGAAGUCAAGUUUCACAGCAGCUAGAAGCUACAGCUGGAGGUCAGAAGACGCUCCUCUGCUGCACAGGAGCAGGACUGCCUAUUAUGACAUCCUCAAAGUGUCUCUCAGUGCCACGCAGUCUCAGAUCAAGACGGCUUACUACAAGCAAUCCUUCAUCUACCACCCUGACAAGAACCCCGGGAGCAAGGAGGCCACACAGCGCUUCUCUGAUAUCAGCGAGGCUUACACCGUGCUGGGAAACAUCAGCCUGAGGAGGAAGUACGACCGCGGCAUCCUGAGCCGGGCAGACAUCCAAAAUGCAGGCAGACCCUCCAGCAAGGAGGCUUCCAGCAGAUCCACAGGCUCCCAACAAAAACCUCAGCAGAGAGCCAGACAGUUCUCCCAACCUGGAGGGAGGCCCAUAUUUGAUUUUGAUGCCUUUUAUCAGGCUCACUACGGGGAGCAGCUGCAGAGAGAGAAGGACCAGAGAGCCAGGAAGCAGCGGAUGGAGGAGGAGCUGAAGAAGCAUCAUAGCAGGUGGAGGCAGAAGAAAAUGAUGGAGGUGGCUGUGGUAAUGCUGCUGGCCAUGGCAGGGCUAAUUAUUAUCAAUGUCAACGGGCCUUGAAAUAGAAGCGGCAGCCGGAGGCUGCACUUUAUGACUCUCAGGGUGAGGAGGUGGAGACGGGAAGUGUUUGCACAGUUGCUGACAGCUGAAGAGGUUCAGUUGUUUUCAGGAGUAAACAAACCGUCUCACUCGGAUUAUUUAAGCUGUUUCAAGCAGCAACUUGUUAGGCUCCAUGUCUGUACUGUAUACUGAUUGCUUAAAAACAUGGGUUCAUUUCUCAAGUCUUCGAUUGAAAAAAACCCCAAAAGAGUUCUUGCUUUUCACAGUCGUUCCUCCUGUUCAUGCUUAGUAAUGAAAAAAAAAAGACCAGGCUUCAUUUUAAUAGUUCACAGGACAUAGAAUUGACCUUUAAAUCACGCAUGAUGUGUUUUUAUUGUAAGCAAUGUUGGACAAAAGCCCCAGUUUUCCCCUUCCAGUCAAAAAACUGAAGCUAAAAUGAGCCUUCAGCUGUCCCCAUUUCAAAGAGGAUGUCCUCUUGAAAGACAGGCUCUUUUGUUGGCAGCUCACUAUUUCUAUAUCUGCCUGAGCUCAGGGUGGAACUGCUUUUCAGGGAAACAAAGAGACUGGGUUUUGAAGGUUUUGAAAGUUCAUUUAAGAAGAGGAUUGCUUAAAUCCAACAACCUGUGCCUACGCUAAGUGGAAAAUCAGGUUGUGCAUUUGUCUGAAUGUCCCUUUUUUUUGUAUGUAUUGGUUCAUUGUGAGCACUAUGCACACAUGGUGUGAACACGUCCUUAAUGACCAGUGUAAACAUGAGGAAUGAUUACAGAAAGCAAAACCUGGUUGAGACAGGCAGGGAUGCUGUACGACAACAACUGAAUGUUUCAGUUUCUCCACCUGUAGAAGGGCGAUGGAUCGAAGGCAGUGGAAACUGUAAACCACCCCACAGGUUGGGGACUUGAAUGUAAAUCAGGGGUGUCAAAGUCAUUGUAGUCACCGGCAGCCCAUUUUGAUCCACAGUCGGAUGAUUGGAGCGAAACCCGCAUUAAACACCACAGUGGACCUGCAAAAGCACAAAACCUUCACAUGUAGCUGUUGUAACUAACAAAAGCAACAAUAACUUUGACCCAUUUUCACUCAUGUACAGUGAUGUUUGUGGAUUUUAUGAACAAGUUAAAGAUGUCGCUGCUGUCCUGUAGUGUAAUGGUUCGUGUUACCAGGGCCCUGCAUUUGACACCCCUGAUACACUCAGUGUAUGGGUGAUGUCCUCAUUACCUCAUUUCAUGUUUUUAUGUCUUAAGAGGUCAAAGCUCCAACAACACCUGUAGUAUUAAGAUUACCCUGAUGAAGCAGGCUGGUAAAAAUCACAAAGCUGUUCUUUAUACUGCAAAUGUUGCUGGAGCUUUGACUUCUUUGGACCCUUUUUCUUUUCUGUGCAUCUAUGAAAUCGGUGUAGAAACAUGUUGCAAACCAUGUACCUGGCAUAGACUUGGGUUAGUCUUUCUAGCACCUAUACUAUUUUCUGUAGUAGCAGGCUGAAGUCAGACAGCUUUUGGUGGUUCAGGUUGAUUUCUGUCUAUCAAACUUCUGCAAAAGGACGAAGAUCAUUCAACUUGUCCUUCCUGUAUAAUGCACAAUUCUUUUGGCCUUCCUUAUACUCCAGCUCUGUAAUGUGGAAAAAUCACUUGAAGAUUAUGGAAGCCUUUUUUUGUCCCACUGGGGAAAAAAAAGAUUUGGUACCACAUAUAUAUUUUUUGCCAUACAUAAGUCAAAAUUUAAAAUUACAAUCUUGUUACUUAUUUUGACUUUUCAGUGGCAAAAACAAGUUUCCAUAUAAGAUUAAGCUGGUAUUAGUUGCAUUACAUACUUGCACCUCCUUCCAUGUAUUUCAGUGUAAAUAUGUUCAUGUAUUGUAAAAUUAAAAUUUAAAGUCGAUUAUUAUGUGUGAGGAAAGCUCCAGUACGAAAAAUACAAUAAAACUGUGCAGUGCA